CUCUCCGUCUCCAUCUCAUUCUCAUAUACUGGCCUCUCCUUGCUCAGUGUCGGAUCACGGAGACCAUGAAGAAGGAGACCAUCUUCGCCAUCUUCGACCUCGCCGUCCUGGCGCUCGGCUUCGUUCAGGCGGCGACGUCGAGCCCGUCCGGCCAACGCUACAAGGAGGGCGAGCCGGUCCCUCUCUACGCGAACAAAGUCGGUCCUUUCCACAAUCCGAGCGAAACAUAUCGCUACUUCGAUCUUCCGUAUUGUACACCAGAUCGCGUGAAAGAGAAAAAAGAAACUCUGGGUGAAGUUUUAAAUGGAGAUCGUUUAGUUAGUGCUCCCUUCAAGCUGGAAUUUUUGGUGAGCAAGGAAGAUGAAGUUGCUUGCAGGAAAACACUCUCAAAGGUAGAAGUAGCACGAUUUCGGACUGCAAUCAUCCAGGACUAUUACUUUCAGAUGUAUUAUGAUGACUUGCCCAUUUGGGGUUUUAUUGGGAUGAUUGACAAGGACGGCAGGGAUCCAAAUGAAUACAAGUAUCUUCUUUUUAAGCGUGUUAUAUUUGAGAUCUUUUACAACAAGGACCGUGUGAUCGAAAUUACUGUCAGGACAGACCCAAAGAGCAUUGCAGAUCUUACAGAAGACAAAGAAGUUGAUUUUCAGUUUAUGUACUCAGCAAAGUGGAAAGAAACAAUUAUUCCUUAUGAGAAAAGGAUGGAUAAAUACACUUGGUCAUCUUUUUCGCCUUAUCAUCUUGAGAUUCACUUGUUUUCGAACGUAAAUUCUUGUGGUACAGUUCUUCUGUUGACUGGAAUUCUUGCCACAAUCCUCUGGAGAGCUCUGAAGAAAGAUUUUGUCAAAUAUGCCCAUGAUGAAGAAUCGGCUGAAGAUGAGGAGAAGACUGGAUGGAAAUACAUACACGGGGAUGUGUUCAGGUUCCCAAAGUAUAAAUCUCUUUUUGCUGCUGCAGUUGGUUCUGGUACUCAGCUGUUUACUCUUACUGUAUUCAUCUUUAUAUUGGCAUCGAUUGGUGUCUUUUAUCCAUACAACCGAGGCAUGCUAUUUACGGCACUGGUUGUUAUCUAUGCACUCACGUCAGGAAUUGCAGGCUAUACUGCUACUUCCUUAUACUGUCAGCUGGAGGGAACAAACUGGGUCAGGAAUCUAGUAUUGACUGGAUGCCUCUUCUGUGGGCCUCUCUUUCUCACAUUCUGCUUCUUAAACAGUGUCGGUGUUGUCUACACUGCCACGGCAGCUCUUCCAUUUGGCACGAUUUUGGUCAUAGUUCUCAUAUGGACACUUGUAGCAUCACCGUUGCUCGUAUUGGGCGGGAUUGCUGGGAAGAAUAGCAAGGCCGAUGUUCAAGCUCCAUGCCGCACCACUGAGUACCCCAGAGAGAUUCCACCGUUGCCAUGGUACAGGGGCACAAUCCCUCAGAUGGCAAUGGCUGGUUUUCUCCCGUUCAUUGUUAAAUACAUCGAGCUAUACUACAUUUUUGCCAGUGUCUGGGGUCACAGGAUCUAUACCAUAUACAACAUCUUGUUUAUUGUUUUCAUCAUUCUCUUGAUAGUCACUGCUUUUAUCACGGUGGCAUUGACCUACCUCCAACUUGCUGCCGAGGACCAUAAAUGGUGGUGGAGGUCUUUUCUCUGUGGUGGAUCAACUGGAUUAUUUAUCUAUGGGUAUUGCUUGUACUACUACUAUGCACGGUCUGAUAUGGACGGGUUCAUGCAAACUUCAUUCUUCUUUGGCUACAUGGCCUGCAUCUGCUAUGGAGUUUUCCUCGUGCUUGGGACCGUAGGUUUUUGCGCUGCCUUAUUAUUCAUCCGACGCAUAUACGGAUCCAUCAAGUGCGAGUAGGCAGGUGGUCCUUUUCAAUCUCCGCAUCGUCUUCCGUCUCUUAUUAGCUGCCCUGUGUAGUAGCCUUUUCGCAAGAUGCUUUUGGUGCUUGUAUCAAGAGCAGAAGCGUAUAGUUCUCCUCACAUGUCUUGCUACCUGAGAAAGCGGGUAUGACUUAUCCUGCAUGUUUGUGCCGAUUUCUAUAAAUGGUUUUUGUGAUUGGUUUUGUGUUC